AUGUCUUGUGUAGAUACAGAUUCAGUGCAAGAGAAUGUAGCAGAUUCAGUGCCAGAGACGGUAACAUAUUCAGUGGCAGAGAAUGUAACAGAUUCAGUGCAAGAGAAUGUAGCAGAUUCAGUGCCAGAGACGGUAACAGAUUCAGUAGCAGAGAAGGUAACAAAUUCAGUGUCAGAGAAGUUAACAGAUUCAGUGGCAGAGAAGGUAACAGAUUUAGUGCCAGAGAAGGUAACAGAUUCAGUGCCAGAGAAGGUAACAGAUUCAGUGGCAGAGAAGGUAACAGAUUCAGUGCCAGAGAAGGUAACAGAUUCAGUGCCAGAGAAGGUAACAGAUUCAGCGCCAGAGAAGGUAACAGUUUCAGUGCCAGAGAAGAUAACAAAUCAAGUGCUAAAGAAGGUAACAGAUUCGGUGCUAGGGGAUGUAACAGAUUCAGUGCCAGAGAAGGUAACAAAUCAAGUGCUAAAGAAGGAAACAUAUUUGGUGCUAGGGAUGUAA